GGGUGGGAGGUGGCCUGGGCGGAGGGGAGGCGCCGCUCGCUGGGAGGAGACUUGUGCGCAACCCCCCCCCCCCCCUUUCUCGCCGGGCUCUGGGGGACCAUGGGCGGCUGAGGGGAGCCGAGCCCCGGGCGGCCGACCGGCGGCCAUGGCUGAGGAUUACUGGGACCCGCAGCAGCAGCGCUGAGCCCCCUGCAGCGGCAGCCAGGCAGCCCCAGCCCUGGCCCCACCAUGGAUCGGAUGAAGAAGAUCAAGAGGCAGCUCUCAAUGACCCUGCGGGGGAGCCGGACAGCCGAGAAGAACCUCAACGAGCAGAUCAACAUCGAGGAGAACAACAGCAGUGACACUGGCCUGGCGGGGAAGAGCGGGCGUCCCUGGGGCGCCUCGCGCAGCGUCUAUUCCUUCCUGCAGCGCCGGCCGCGCCUGGGCAUGACCCGCAGCCUGAGCGCCCACCUCGCCCGUGCCAGCCGACUAGAGAUGGUGCAGGAGGACGUGAAGAUGGGCUCCGAUGGGGAGAGCGACCAGGCGUCCGGCACCUCGUCCGACGAGGUCCAGUCCCCCGUGCGCGUCCGCAUGCGCCACAGCUCAGCCCGCAAGAUCUCCUCCGAGGACAUCAACAAGCGGCUCUCGCUGCCAGCUGACAUCCGCCUGCCUGAGGGCUGCCUGGAGAAGCUGGCGCUGAACAGCCCCUUGUUCGAGCAGCCCCUCAGCCGGCGCCUGCGCCGCGUCUCGCUGUCUGAGAUCGGCUUCGGGAAGCUGGAAACCUACGUGAAGCUGGACAAACUGGGAGAGGGGACGUACGCCACCGUCUAUAAGGGCAAGAGCAAACUGACAGACAACCUGGUGGCGCUGAAGGAAAUUCGCCUGGAGCACGAGGAGGGGGCGCCCUGCACGGCCAUCCGGGAAGUGUCCCUGCUGAAGGACCUGAAACACGCCAACAUCGUCACCCUGCAUGACAUCAUCCACACGGAGAAGUCGCUGACCCUGGUCUUCGAGUACCUGGACAAGGACCUGAAGCAAUAUCUGGACGACUGCGGCAACCUCAUCAACAUGCACAACGUCAAGCUCUUCCUCUUCCAGCUGCUGCGGGGCCUGGCGUACUGCCACCGCCAGAAGGUGCUGCACCGCGACCUCAAACCGCAGAACCUGCUCAUCAACGAGCGGGGCGAGCUCAAGCUGGCCGACUUCGGUCUAGCGCGGGCGAAGUCCAUCCCCACCAAGACGUACUCUAACGAGGUGGUGACGCUCUGGUACCGGCCCCCCGACAUCCUGCUGGGCUCCACCGAGUACUCCACGCAGAUCGACAUGUGGGGCGUGGGCUGCAUAUUCUACGAGAUGUCCACGGGCCGCCCGCUCUUCCCUGGCUCCACUGUGGAGGAACAACUGCACUUCAUUUUCCGCAUCCUCGGGACCCCCAACGAGGAGACGUGGCCAGGGAUCCUGUCCAACGAGGAGUUCCGAUCCUACAAUUACCCCAAGUACCGGCCUGAGGCCCUGCUCAACCACGCGCCCAGGCUGGACAAUGAUGGAGCCGACCUGCUGGGGAAACUGCUGCAGUUCGAGGGGCGGAAGCGGAUGUCAGCGGCUGAGGCCAUGGGGCACCUCUUCUUCCACUGCCUGGGCGAGCGUGUCACCAAGCUCCCGGACACCACGUCCAUAUUUGCACUAAAAGAGAUUCAGUUACAGAAGGAGACGGGGCUGCGCUCAGCUUCCCUGCCCGACUCAGGGGGCGCCGCCUUCCGGGUAGUGGACACUGAAUUUUAGCCUUCGGGUCAGUGAACGGGCAGAACGGACGGCCCAGCUUAUUGUUGUGACCCCGCCGAGCCACAGUGACGAGGAGGGGCGGGGGCUGGACUGGCAUUAACCUGCCCCUCCCCCCACAAGCCGGGACUCUGCCCCUUUGGUUGGACGCUGCCUUUGGGGCCGGGACUCAGACCAUGCCCCACGGCCGGGGGGGGGCUUGAUCCCCUUCUGGGGGAGGGGCGGCGCCGGCUGGACGGCAGAUGCCCCCCCCCAUGUUGUUUAAGUUUUAUUUUUUCAAGGCAAUAUUAUAAAUAUAGAGAAAUAAUCUAUAGCCCCCCCCCUCACUGGGAGGGAUGGGCAUUGGGGGACAGCCCCUCGGAGUUAUGUUUCCAUGGAGAUGUGUUUGAUUCUGCCCUGCUGUGGGGGAGGGGGCUGCAACCCCUCCUGUACCCCCCAGGUUGAGGAGGGGGAUUGAUCCAGGGGGUUAUAUUCUGUGGUCACUCGCCCCCCGCCCCAAAUCCUUCUCUCCUGCCCCCCACACCCGCUGAGCUGUGGGGACAGAAGUCUUCCAGAUGUGGGGGAAAUGGGGGCAGGGAGGGGCUGCUGUUGCAGAUGUGUUUGGGGGGGGUACCCCAGCUGUGGUAGGUCCCUUUGCAGCAGUGUGUGUGUGUGUGGGGUCCUUGACAGUCUGCAACCGCUCCACAUCCGAGCGAUGCGUCUCUAGGGAGUCCCUUUGCAUGUCCCCUUUCUGCGGGGCUUAGCUCUGCCCCCACGUCCUGCUGGGUCAGCAUGUGGGGUGAACGCUGGCUGACGCCAGUGAGUUCAGUGGGGCGGCUGCCAGCUCCCCUUCCCCACUUAAUACUCAGGGCUCACUUUCUCCCAGCCCUUACUCCUACAGUACUCGGCCCUUACUCUGCCCCCACUCCCCUGUUCCUCAGUCCUUAGUCUAGCCCUGUUUCUAUGUUACUCGGCCCUUACUCCUACAUUACUUAGCCCUUACUCUGGCCCUACUUCCAUGUUACUCAGCCCUUGCUCAGUUCAUACUCCCAAGUUGCUCAGGCCUUACUCCUACAUAGCUCAGCCCUUACUCUGCCCCACUCAUGUUACUCUACCCCUAUUCUCAUGACACUCUCCUGCUACUGCCUUGUAACUCUGCCCCACUCCCAUGUUACUCAGUCCCUUACUCAGUCCCUACUCACACGAUACUGUCUGUACUCCCAUAUUACUUAGCCCUUACCUGACUCCCUACUCAGUCCUUACACAAAUGUUACUCGGCCCCUACUCUGCUCUUACUUGGCCCGUACUCAAUCCAUAGUCAAAUCUUACACAGUCCCUUGGCCUCUUAUUUGGCUCCUACUCAAAUGUUACUCAGCUCUCACUCAGCCCCUCCUUGAUCUUACUCAGUCCCUCCUCAGCUGUUACACAAGUGUUCGCCUGUAGUCAGCCCCUAGCAUGCUCCUGACUCAGCCCCUCCUCAGUCACUUCCCAGACUCUGCUCAGUCCUUACUCCUAUUCCUAGUCUUUACUUAGUCCUUACUCAGAUGUUACUCUGCAUCCUCUCACUACUAACUCAGCCCCUACUCGACUGUUACUCUCUACUCAGUGUUUGGUCCAUGCUCAGGUGUUACUUGGCCUAACAUUAUUCUGUGAUUACUGAGGCCCUACUCAUCUGUUACUCAGCCCUUACCCGUCUGAGUUUACCUGUUACUCCUAUCCCUGCUCAACCCUGACAUAGUCUUUAUUCCAACAUUACUCCAUCCUUACUUGAGCUUUACUCCGUCCUGAGCUGGUCACUCACACAUUCCUUGUUCCUUACUCCAUAAAUCCAGAGGGUGGUUGAAGUAUCACGGCGUGAUCUGGAGUAACAGAAAUGAAACUCACUAGGCCACAGUGAGGGAACUAGGAAGAAUUUAGGCCAUGAGCCGGGAGCUCCCAGAGAGACCUGGGCGCGUGGGACGCUCGCAGGGUGACGCUGACCCCACAGCUGUGCAAAUGGCAGGUGCAGGCAAGGGAUUUCCACCGGAGCCAGAGCCUGGGCCCAGCGCUGGCCACCUGUGUUGCGGGAAGAAGAGCUCAGGCUGGGCCUGGCGCAGUGAGGGCAGCUGGGACGGCCGGGAGCAGGUUAGCUGACAGCUCAGGCUGAGGUGGGCCCCGCUGUCCUCGCCAUAAAUAUGUGGGGAGGACAAGGAGGGGCUGGAGCAGCAGUGAGGGCCAGACGCCCUGGCUAGCUGGACGCUCUUGCUGACUCAGCUCAGGAUGGCCUGAGCUCCUGAGGUAGCGACACCAGCUGGAAUUGGAGCCACUGGCCCAGGCGGCCUAUCCAGGCCUGGGCGCGUACUCAUAUUCGGGCUUUCAACCUCUAAUUAGUCUGGUUUUAGUUUUUACCCAGUCUUCAGUCAAAUGUGACGCAGGUGGAACCUGUUACUCAGCCAUUGCGCUGUAUUUACUCCAUCCCUACUCUUGUUACCCUGCCUGUACUCAGCUGUGAGUCCCUACUCAGCCCCUACUUAGUCUUAGCCUAGCUGUUACUCUGUCCUUACUCAAAUGCUACUCUGCCCCUACUCAGUCUUAUCUUAAAUGUUACUCACCCCUACUGCAAAUGUUACUUGGUCCUUACCCAGACAGGACUCCAUCCUUACAGUCUCAACUUAGUUGUUGUUCAGUCCUUACUCAAAGAGUAAUCUGACCCUACUAAAAUGUUAAUACCUCCUUACUCAAACACUACUUGGUCCGUACUGAAACACUACUCCAUUAGUUCUCAAAUGUUUCUCAGUCCAUACCUAGCCCUGACUUUGGCUUAGUUGAUUUGUUACUCCUUCCUUACUCAAAUGGUACUUGGUCCCUUUCCAGCACCUACUCAGUCUUACCUUAGUGGGUUCUCAGUCCUUAAUCAAACACUACUCACCCAUUACUCUGUCCUUACUUGUUACUCAGGCAAAUCCCUCCUUGUCUCUGCUGUAGUCCAACACUGCUCAGGAUUGGACCCUGCGCCCCCUUCCAGCUGGAUCCUGCAGCCCCCCCCCCCCCCCCGCACUCCCUGAUGGACCCCUGCCAGGCUGUCCCAUCCAGAGGGCUCUGUGUGCUCCUCGCUCCCCCGAGUGGCUAGGAAGGAUGAACUGCAGGUGAAGGGCCAAGCCCUUAACUCAGGGGUAAAGGCUGGGAAUUUGAACCCAGCUAUGGGAGUGUCAGUUUGAAGGCAGUCUCUAUAUCCCCCAGGCAGUGUGCCCCCCACCUCUCUCUCUAUAUUGUGUGUAUGCGCGUGUAUAUAUGUACAUAUCUAGCCUUUUUUAUAUGCAGCAUGUAGUGCUUGUGGGAUGGAAAGACUUUCCCUGCAAGAGCCAUACCCAUAGUAAUAAAAAUGACGAUGCCCCCCCAGCUGAGCUGCAGCCACCCCUGGGGUGGGGCAGCGGGGAAUGGCCACAUGUAAUGUCGCACGAGAAGGGCUUGGCCAGCACUGAGAUGUAGCCAGCUCUCCACAUGGAUCAGAAUGGCCCUGUUCCUCACCUCUGCCCCCCUGCUCUGAUCCAUAAGGCUAAAGAUGUUGUCCCUGGUGGGAGCGGUGUUAACCCUUUCUCUGCUGGCCACCUGGAAGGGCUGGGGCUUGGGGAGUGUAGCCAGGAGGUGGUGGGGGCAGUGCCAGGGGGUUGGGUUUGGUCUGGGAUCCAUUCCUGGAAGGUGGUGGGUUCUGCUGUGUGGAACUGGAUCUCUGUGCACAGAGGAGGGAGGGAUCCCAGCCGUGAACCCUGCAUGAAGGGGGAAUCCCACAUCACAUCCCUGCAUGAGUAGGAGGGCUGGAUCCUAGCUGGAGAGGAGGGGGGUUAAGACCAGAUCCCUGCUGGGAGGAGGGAGGGAUCUGAGUGGAUCCCUACAUGCAGAGGAAGGGGAUCCCAUAAUAGAUCCAUACAGGUGGAGGAGGGAGGGAUCUUGGAGAGGGGAUCCCUGAGGAUCCCUGGGCAUUGAAGAGGAGGAUGCCAGAGUAGAUCCGUGCAUGGAAAGGGGGACCCUGCACUAGAUUUCCAUGCCCAGGGGGCCCUGUACUGGCCCAGAGUAGAUUCAGUAGGUACACAGCCCUGUCCCCUGCCAGCCGUGUCCUCCCCAGGCCUGUAGAUGGGGGUGGAGUCUGUGACAGGGGGCUUUGGCUCAGCAGGCAAAGGGUUAACCUGCCUAUGCAUAUCAAUGUUUGCGAGGGGCUCCCUCGUUUUCUGUCUGGGGUGAGAGACUGUGCUGCGUUCAAUGUAUGGAAAUUAUUAAAGUCUCCAUGGAACCCAG